UGUUUCUUUACACUAAUAUGUUUAAAGUAUGACACAUUUCCCCUUGUGUGUUUAUUUCAGAAACAGUGACUGUCAAGUUUGAGCCGCGCCACGCAUGAACAGUCAAAACGCAAUAAAUAUUUUUGUAAAGAAAGUAUAAUAAAGACCUGCUAUUUUGCUCCUCGUAGAAAGACAUGCGAACGUUAGAACAUCUAACUAAACUAUCCCCAUGAAAUGAUUUAGGACUGUAUUUCAAGAUUAGACUGAAUAAUUGAAAAAACAAACAAACCAAAAGGUAGUUUCAGGCAGCUUUCCAACCAAACUCCUAUUUAAGUUUUCAGCACGGUCUUACCGCUGCACGAUACCCAGCUGAAUAAAGCAAAAGAAAACGAACUGUGAAAAUAGAUCAAUACCGUAUUCCAGAAAAGCGUACGGACGACAAAUAACAAACAAACAAAAAAACUUAUAUAAACUGUUAACAGAGGACCUGGGGGAUAGGAAACCUCCCGCGAAUUCUAACAGUACUUGCACCGUGUUUAGUGAACAUAAUUUGAACAGAUUGCCUGCUCUUUUGUGACGUCACAAUGGCCCAGGUACGCAACGAAUUCACCGCUUGGGACUAUGUCGUCUUCGCCGCCAUGUUGCUCGUGUCUAUUGGUAUCGGAAUCUACUUCGCCAUUCGUGGACGCAGACAAACAUCACAAGGGUGUCGAGUACAUACUGGUCAUAUUUGGCAUGGUUCUGGGAAUAGUGAUUGCCACAUUUCUUUGCAUCCCUCUUUUUUACCCCCUCAAGAUGACCAGUGUUUUCGAGUAUUUGGAGAGGCGAUAUCAUUCAAGAUUUGCACGGCUCACGGGGACAGUGCUCAUGAUAGUCACGCAGAUCCUCUAUGUAGGUAUUGCUGCUUUCGCUCCCUCUACUGCUCUAGAGGCUGUGACUGGCUUCCCUGUCUGGGCGACUAUUGUGACCAUUGGUGUGGUGGGGACCUUCUAUACAAGCAUUGGAGGAAUGCGAGCUGUUGUGUGGACUGACGUCUUUCAGUCCGUGGUGAUGUUGGCAGGACUGUUGGCCAUUGUUAUAGAGGGUACGAAUCAGGCCGGAGGUUUGGAAAGAGUGUGGACAGUCGCUGACAAAUGGAAGAGACUCGAGUUUUUCAACUGAUUCCAUUCUUUGUCAUGGACACCCUGGCAUUUCCCGGUGUCCCUGGACUCUUUAUUUCCAGCAUCUUCUCCGGGGCUCUCAGCUCUGUGUCUUCAUCUCUAAGUGCAAUGGCAGCCAUUACGUGGGAAGACGUGUUCAAGCCUCAUCUAGACCAUAAGAUGAACGAGGGACAAAAAACACUGUUCACCAAAUUCCUUGUGGUAUUCUACGGUGGGUGCGCCGUGGGCAUGAGCUUUAUUGCUGGCACGUUGGAAGGAACUGUGUUGCAAGCAACUGUGAGCUUAAUGGCAACCGCGGCUGGACCUCUGACUGGCAUGUUUGUGUUAGGUGCUUUCUUCCCCUGGGCAAACGCAUGGGGAGCGAUUACUGGUGCCGCUGUGGCGUUGACCGUAUGUAUGUGGCUCUCUAUUGGCUCCUACAUCGCUGGUGUGAACUAUAAGGCUAUUCCCUUCCCCACCGGCACCUGUUCCAUAGGUAUUUUGAACAGUACCACGACAACCGUUGCCAUGACGACGAGCAUUGCAACAACUGCUGCUAUGAGUACAGCUGGCGCUCCUCCGGUGCCAGAAGACAGUUCCAUUGAUGAGUUCCUGAGCUACAUGUACUCCAUCUCGUACAUGUGGUACACAGCCAUCGGCAUGACUGUGGUCGUCAUUGUUGGCCUUCCUGUCAGUUUUCUUACAGGCGCCAAUUCCAUGCACGACGUUCCCACCAAGUACCAGAUCCCGUUAUUCUCGAGACUUUUCUGCUGCUUGCCUGACUCCUGGCUCAACUUCCUCAACUGUAAACGAGAAUUCCAAAAGCCUGAGGAUAUCCGCCCCGACAUGGAGGACGAGGAGAUGAGAAUAGACCCUCUCACGUCAAAUUCAAACGAAAAGGUUCUGCAAAAGAACG